GCACCAUUUUAUCCGUUGAUUCGAAAGGUUUGCGUUGGUCAUUUGUUUGAGAUAGAUUUAAAUUGUAUUAUACUUGCUCUACAGGAACUUAUCUAAUAAAAGUCUUUUGAAAUUCUUAUCAUUCGUUUGCACAAUGCGCAUCUGAUUUUCAAUUUGUGCUGCCUAAGCCGUGUCAAUUUCUGUGGUGAACAACGCUUUAGUAAAUCACACACCACAAAACCUCAGAAUGUUUCACUUAGCGUUAGUUGUAGUGGCCAGUUUAGAACUGAUACAACCAACCAAAUGUAUCGUUGGAGGAUACAAAAAUUCGGUUAUUUCAGUGCCUUGGAUAGUUUCGCUUUCAACGAAUCAUUCGGGUCCGUUCUGUGGAGGAGUUCUGUUGGACCAGUGCAGGAUACUAACAACAGCUUUCUGCCUGAGCAACGGUAUCAAGCCGAGUGACAUUCUAGUACGGUUAGGUUCGGAUUAUGCCAAUGGAGGUGGAAAGACCUCAACCAUUGAAACGGUCCACAUACACCCUGAGUUCGAUGCCACCACUAAAAAUUACAACUUUGCAGUGCUUGAGAUGAGUGAAAGCUUUGGUAAAUCGUUGGCGAUUUCUUCGAUAAAAUUUAGGGAUUCUUCUAAACCUCCAUACAUUGGCACUCCACAACGGGAAGGCUGCGUCGGUGAUGCCGGAGGACCGCUAACCUGUGAUGGUCAGCUUGUCGGUAUCAUUUCCUGGAGCAGAGGAUGUGCGCAAGGCGAGGGAAUUGGAGUUUACGCGGAUCCAACCGCCGUAAGAAAUUGGCUCAGAAGAAUUGCUGCGCCAUUCUGAGUUUGGCGAGUUUUCUUUUUGACGAUGUAUUACAAUGAUUGAAAUGUGGUAUGAGAAAUAAAUAAUUGCAAAAAACGUAA